AUGUCAACUGAAAUCUAUAUAGCUAUUUAUACAUGUCAACUGAAAGCAUGUGUAGCUAUUUAUACAUGUCAACUGAAAUCAUGUGUAGGUAUUUAUACAUGUCAACUGAAAUCAUGUAUAGCUAUUUAUACAUGUCAACUGAAAUCAUGUAUAGCUAUUUAUACAUGUCAACUAAAAUCAUGCAUAGCUAUUUAUACAUGUCAACUAAAAUCAUGCAUAGCUAUUUAUACAUGUCAGCUGAAAUCAUGUAUAGCUAUUUCUACAUGUCAACUGAAAUCAUAUAUAGCUAUUUAUACAUGUCAACUGAAAUCAUGUAUAGCUAUUUAUACAUGUCAACUGAAAUCAUGUGUAGCUAUUUAUACAUGUCAACUGAAAUCAUGUGUAGGUAUUUAUACAUGUCAUGCAUAG